GUGGAAGAGAGAGAGAGAGAGAGAGAGAGAGAGCAAUUACUUGGAAAUGGAAGAAGAACAAAUCCACAAGUACCCAAUACCAGCUACUCACAUCCUUCAACAAACCUUGAGAAGCUUUUGCAAUAUUCGAAACUCCUCUCAAUGGGUUUAUGCUGUCUUUUGGAGGAUCUUGCCUAGAAUAUAUCCUCCACCCAAAUGGGAUGGCCAUGGAGGAGCUUAUGACAGGUCAAGAGGAAACAGGAGAAACUGGACAUUGGUUUGGGAAGAUGGGUUUUGCAAUUUUGGUUCCUCAGCAGCAGCAGAGAUGAUCAAUGGCGAUGGGGAUUGUCCAGCUGGCUCCUCAAUUUAUGGAAACUGUGAGUACCAACACUACGAAAUAGGACUCCAACCAGAGCUCUUCUUCAAAAUGUCACAUGAAGUUUAUAACUAUGGUGAAUGUUUGAUUGGAAAAGUAGCUGCAGAUCACAGCCAUAAAUGGAUAUACAAGGAUCACAAUGAGAGCCAAGAGAUCGACUUCUUAUCUGUGUGGCAAAACUCAGCUGACUCGCAUCCCAGGACUUGGGAGGCCCAGUUCCAGUCCGGUAUUAAGACUAUAGCCUUGAUUGCAGUAAGAGAAGGUGUUGUUCAAUUAGGAUCUCUUCACAAGGUGAUGGAGGACCUUAACUAUGUAGUGUUACUAAGGGAGAAGUUCAACUACAUUGAGAGCAUCCCUGGUGUGCUAUUGCCACACUUACCACCACCACCACCACCACCACCACCACCACCACCACCACCACCACCAUCAUAUCCCUUCAAGAUCAACGGCUACGGUGCGCCGGAAUCAUGGCACUUCCAAGGCAGUAAUCCCACUCCUCCAAUAGAAUUAUCUCAUCACCACUUCAACCAACCAGCGGCGAGAAUAACUCCUUCCAUGAGCAGCCUUGAAGCCCUCCUCUCUAAACUCCCGGCUGUCGUGCCACCUCCACCACCACCGACAGUGUACGCUGCCUACAACGAAGCGGCUCAGCCACCGCAAUAUCUAUCACCAAACAGGCCUUUGGAACGGAUGGCGGCCGGAAUGGAGAGGGUGACAAAGGAAGAGAUUGAUGAUGAGAAGGAUCAAAUGGGCGAGAGUAGCAAUUCCAUCAUGUCAUCUUAUCCUCCUCAACAUCCAAAUUUUAACUCUCUUCACCAUCAUGACCAUUAAUUAGUUAACCUGUCUUUCCGGGGGAAGAGUCAAAGAUGCAGCUAAUCCCGCUAAGGCAGCGGCUCGUGCAUUAACUGCGCGCUCGUCCAUUCGUUGGGUGAUCCCUUGCUCUCACAUUCGAGUGUUUGCUCAUCGCGAGGGAAUUGCGUGAAUGACGAGACCGUUGACCGAAUCAUGGCUAGGGCUUACUACAAUAUGGGAAUUUUUCAGUGAUGGAUUUCCAACAAUGUAUAUAUUAAUAUUAGCAAUAAGUCUUGUGGAAGCCAUAUGAAGACUGGCUAACUAAAUAUAUUAUGGAAGUAUUUGGUGCUCAAA